AUAAAAACAAUCAGCAUUUCAUAUUCAUUUUCCAUUCUACACUCUGAUAAUUCACCACUCCUUUUGUUAUAUCUUUUUCUCUUUUUUCAACACUUUUGUUACUGAAUAUGGCUGACGCCUUACUUGGAGUUGUGUUACAGAAUUUGAAGUCUCUUGUUCAAAAUGAAUUGGCCACCAUUUCUGGAAUCAAGUCCAAGGCUCAGAAGCUUUCAACCACCUUAGAUUUGGUCAACGCUGUUCUUGAAGAUGCUGAGCAGAAGCAAGUCAUCAAUCGCUCUAUAAAGGUAUGGCUACAACAACUCAAAGAUGCUGUUUAUGUGCUCGAUGAUAUCCUUGAUGAGUGCUCGAUCGAGUCUGCUCGACUUAUUGCCUCAUCAUCUUUCAAACCAAAGAACAUCAUUUUUUGUCGUGAGAUUGGCAAAAGAUUGAAAGAGAUUACAAGGAGGUUAGAUGAUAUUGCUGAAAGUAAAAACAAGUUUCAUUUAGGAGAGAAUGGAACUUUUAGGGAAAGAUCAAUUGAAGUAGCAGAAUGGCGUCAAACUAGCUCUAUUAUUGCUGAACCAAAAGUAUUUGGGCGAGAAGAUGAUAAAGAGAAGAUUAUCGAGUUUCUUCUCACCCAAGCGAGGGACUCCGACUUCCUUUCCGUCUAUCCCAUUGUUGGUUUAGGUGGUGUUGGAAAAACAACUCUUGUUCAAUUGGUCUACAAUGAUGCUAGGGUGAGUAGCAAUUUUAAUACAAAAAUAUGGGUUUGUGUUUCCGAGACUUUCUCGGUCAAGAGGAUUUUGUGCUCCAUUAUAGAAUCUAUCACAAGAGAGAAGUAUGACGGCUUCAAUUUAGAUGUAAUACAAAGAAAGGUGCAGGAAUUGCUGCAAGGUAAAAUAUAUUUGCUGAUUUUGGAUGAUGUGUGGAACAAAAAUCAGCAAUUGGAAUUCGGAUUAAGCCAAGAGAAAUGGAAUAUACUGAAAUCAGUGUUAUCGUGUGGAUCCAAAGGUAGUUCCAUUUUAGUGUCCACUCGUGAUGAGGUUGUUGCGACGAUCAUGGGAACAUGCCACGCUCAUCCUUUAUAUGUUCUCUCUGAUAAUGAAUGUUGGUUGUUGUUCAAACAAUAUGCAUUUGGACAAAAUAGAGAAGAGCGUGCAGAGCUUGUGGAAAUAGGAAAGGAGAUAGUAAAGAAAUGUGAUGGAUUGCCUCUUGCAGCACAAGCAUUGGGAGGUCUAAUGAGUUCAAGGAAUGAAGAAAAAGAAUGGCUUGAAAUUAAAGAGAGUGAACUUUGGGCUUUACCACAUGAGAAUUAUAUUUUACCUGCUUUGAGGUUGAGCUACUUUCAUUUAACUCCAACCUUAAAGCGGUGUUUCGCUUUUUGUGCUAUGUUUCCCAAAGAUACAGAAUUCGUGAGGGAAGAAUUGAUUCAUCUUUGGAUGGCUAAUGAAUUUAUUUUAUCUAGGGAAAAUAUGGAGGUUGAAGAUGUUGGCAGCAUGGUUUGGAAUGAAUUGUGCCAAAAAUCUUUCUUUCAAGACAUCAAGAUGGACAACGGUUCUGGAGACAUUUCUUUCAAGAUGCAUGAUCUUGUCCAUGAUCUUGCUCAAUCAGUAAUGGGUCAAGAAUGUAUGUAUUUGGAGAAUUCAAACAUGACUACUUUGUCAAAAAGCACACACCACAUAAGUUUUCACUAUGAUGACGUGUUAUCAUUCGACGAGGGUGCCUUCAGGAAAGUUGAAUCCUUGAGAACAUUGUUUCAGUUGAAUCAUUACACCAAAACAAAACAUGAUUACUCGCCAACAAACCGUUCCCUUCGGGUUUUAUGCACAUCCUUUAUCCAGGUACCAUCACUAGGGAGUUUAAUUCAUUUAAGGUAUUUGGAACUUCGUUCUCUUGAAAUAAAAAUGUUGCCGGACUCAAUUUACAACUUACAAAAACUGGAAAUCUUGAAAAUAAAAGAUUGUCAAAAACUUAGCUGUCUUCCGAAAGGCUUGGCUUGUUUACAGAAUCUCAGACAUCUUGUCAUUAAAGAUUGCCAUUCAUUGUUUCACAUGUUUCCAUACAUUGGAAAAUUAACCUGUCUAAGAACAUUAAGUGUGUACAUUGUUAGUUUAGAGAAAGGGAAUAGCUUGGCAGAGUUACACGAUCUAAACCUGGGAGGAAAACUAAGUAUCAAAGGUUUAAAUGAUGUUUGUAGUUUAUCUGAAGCUCAAGCAGCCAAUUUGAUGGGUAAAAAAGACCUCCAGGAAUUAUGUUUUUCGUGGACCAGCAAUGACGGAUUUACGAAGACCCCUACUAUUAGUUUUGAGCAACUAUUUGAAGUGCUUCAACCUCACUCAAAUCUCAAGAGGUUGAUAAUUUGUCACUAUAACAGAUUAUUCUUACCAAGUUGGAUAAGUAUUCUCAGUAAUUUAGUUGCUCUUGUACUUUGGAAUUGUGAGAAAUGUGUGCGGCUUCCGUCAUUUGGUAAACUACAAUCUUUGAAAAAACUCGCUUUGCAUAAUAUGAAUGAUUUGAAAUACUUGGAUGAUGAUGAAGAAUCUCAAGAUGGUAUUGUGGCGAGGAUUUUCCCAUCUCUGGAGGUACUCAUAUUAGAAAUCCUACCAAACUUAGAAGGGUUAUUGAAAGUGGAAAGAGGUGAGAUGUUUCCUUGUCUUUCUCGUUUAACCAUCUCCUUUUGCCCUAAACUUGGACUGCCAUGUCUUGUAUCUCUUAAAAACCUAGAUGUAUUGGGAUGUAACAAUGAGUUGCUGAGGUCAAUCUCUAGCUUUUGUGGUCUUAACAGCCUUACCCUCGCUGGAGGUAAAAGAAUAACAUCCUUCCCGGACGGGAUGUUCAAAAACCUUACUUGUCUUCAAGCUCUUGAUGUGAAUGAUUUUCCAAAAGUGAAGGAGUUACCAAAUGAACCAUUUAGCCUAGUUAUGGAGCAUCUGAUAAUCUCUUCAUGUGAUGAGCUUGAGUCUUUACCAAAGGAAAUUUGGGAAGGUCUGCAAUCCCUCCGAACUCUAGAUAUUUGUCGUUGUAAAGAACUGAGAUGCUUACCGGAAGGUAUUCGACAUCUCACUUCUCUGGAGCUUCUGACAAUUCGUGGUUGUCCAACACUAGAAGAGCGAUGCAAGGAGGGAACAGGAGAGGACUGGUACAAGAUAUCGCAUAUUCCGAUAUUAAAGAUUUUGUGAUGCUGGUGUUGCUUCUAAUUUCAACAGGAAUCAAGAAGCAAAGAUGUUGGUGUUUUUGCUUCCGGUUUGUCUCAUUUCUACCUAAAUUGGUAGGCUCUUUAUUCUCCCUCCUUCCAUCUUUCUUUUGAUUGUGUUUCUUACGAUCUCUUGUACUCUCUUUGCAAGAUGAGCCACUCUUGUCUCUUCACAAUGGUCUCCUUGUUAUGUUAGUUUCUGUGUUGUCUUUCAAAUGUGAGUUUGGAUUCUUUUAUUUUAUUUUAUUUAAUUCGUCUUAGUUUAGUAAGUGCACGUGUUCUGAAAUCCCUUUUUGUUUUGGGAAUUGAAAUUUAUAAUUGCAUGUUUAAUCGCUUUCUGAAAUCCCUUUCGAUUAAAUUAUUUUUUUGCGCUAUUAUAAAACAUUUUUACUGGUACAUAGUUUUCAGAUUCAGAGCAGCUGGGUGUUGAUGCAUGCAUCAAACUCUUUGACCAAUUCAAGUCCUAUGCAGGAUUAUACUUUUUCUUGGAUGCAUAUUUGAGCUCUAGGAACCACUUUACACAGUUGUUGAAUCGUCUUUUGAGUGAUGGGAGAACUGGGGCCAUUGUCAUUGUUGCUUACCAAAUUUUGCAAUGUGAUGCUGAGCAUGUGUUACCAAUAAAAAUAAAAAUUCUUAGUUCAAGCUACAAGUCAGAUAUGUUGUGGAACGUCCGGAAUGCUGCUGAAUCCCGACUAUUUUUGUGUCAAACAAUGUUAAUUGAUCAAGUUAUGUCCACUGCUUUUUCUGAAAGCAAGAGGAAACGAAUGACUUCGGAGGAUACGAAUGAGAAAUCAACAGUUUUAUUUGAUAACAAAGUGCCAUUUAUUUUUCUCUUCGAACUAUGGAUAUUGUUGAGUAUGAGGAAUUAAGAUCCUUGCCGGAAGGUAUUAGACGCCUCACUUGAGUUUUUGAAUAUUCCUGGUUACCCAAAAUGAAAGGGUCAGUGUUAGAAGAGAACAAGAGAGGAAUGGGACAAGAUAACAGACAUUCCAAAAUUUGUUUACUGGAAUGAAGAAGAAUACAUUUUUUAAGAGCAUUGAUUUAUGUGAACCUUAUGAUUUUUGACUGGGACAAAAUCGAUUAUUAUGCCAACCUUAUGCGUCAGAUUAUCAUUCUCGCGUCUCCACUCUCAUGGAUGCUGGAAUAGAUAUGGUGAUUGCCCUUUCUUGUAUAAAAUAUUUAGUCGGCAUUUCAAUCAGAUAAUAUAUCAACAGCCAGAAUCGGUGAUGUUGUUGAGCUCUGGUAUGGAGGUGAGGAUUUUGGAACGAUGAUGGUGAUGAUGAAUCUCACAAUGGUAUGGAGGUGAGGAUUUUCCCAUAUUUGGAGGUAUUAAAUGAUUUACCAAACUUAGAGGGGUUGUUGAAACUUGAAAGUGGAAAGAGAGGAGAUGUUUCCUUGUCUUUUUCAAUUGGAUAUCGCCUUUUACCCUAAACUUCAACUGUCAUGUCUUCCAUAUGUUAAAAACCUUUAUGUAAAUGAAUGUAACAAUGAGUUACUGAGGUCGAUCUCUAGCUUCUAUGGUCUUACUUCCCUUGACCUUGAGAGAAGUGAAGGAAUAACCUCCUUCCCAAAGGGGAUGUUUAGAAACCUUACUUGUCUUGAAUAUUUGAGAGUAAGUGGUUUCCGAAAAUUGAAAGAGUUACCAAAUGAACCCUUCAGUCUAGCUUUGGAGCAUCUAAAUAUCUCUUGUUGCAGCGAGCUUGAGCCUUUACCAGAGGAAAUUUGGGGAGGUCUACAAUCCCUACGAAAAAUAACAAUUGGUGGUUGUGAAAGAUUAAAAUGCUUGCUAGAAGGUAUUAGACACCUCACUUCACUUGAUUUGCUGACAAUUUUCGGUUGCCCAAUAUUGAAGGAACGAUGCAAGGAGGGAACAGGGGAGAACUGGGACAAGAUAGCACAUAUUCGGGAAGUAUCCAUCUUUUGUUUCUGAAAAUUAAGUAUAGGCAUUUGAAGAGCAUUGAUUUAGCUUGUUUACUCUUAUCUGCUUCCAUCAACAUUGAAGUUCCCUUUGUUUGUUGCUCCUAACGGUUUGUCACAUCUCCACUUAAACUGGAUAUGCCACUCGUUCUUUUCACUAUUUUAUAGCUGUCGUGUUAGUUUCUCUUUUGUCUUCCAUAGUGAGGAUCCUGAUAUUCACUUCAAAUACAUUGAAGCAACUGCUAAUACUGGGAAUCAAAAUUUUAUCGAGAAGACAAAGAACUUUAUAAUGAAGGCUAAUCUUCCAGAUGCACAGAUGCAUGUGUUCUUAAAGUUGUUGGAACUUCUUUUGAGUGAGCAAAGCCAAGAUGUACAUGUCUGUAAUGAUGUGGGUAAAAUUAUGAUUGACAUCGAUGUCAAUCUUAACCAUUUACUCAUAACCAACCAAUAUUAUGAUUCUCGUAUUGUUGGUAAAUAUUGUGAGAAAUGGGGCCCUACAUUUGCCAUUGUUGCUUACCAAAUGGUGCAUUGUGAUGCUGAGCACGUUACCAAUAAAAAUCCGUUGCUCAAGCUACAAACCAGAUAAAUUGUUGGACGUAUGGAUGCUGCUGAUAUCUGUGAGAAGGUCCUAAAUCCCAACUAUGAGUUUAGGAGGCAUUUGAUUGAUCUAGUUAUAUGUCCACUCCUUUUCCUGAAAGUUCUUAUGAUUGCUGAUCUUUCCUAUGAGUUGAUUGAGCUUCUCCAAAAGAUAUUGCUACAUAAUUCUGCUUUUAGUUUGAAACUUCAAUCUGCUAAGUUGGCUGAUUCUUACUGCAUUGAAGGAAGAUCCUUCAAGGGUAAUGGAUUACAUAAAUAGGUUGGAAUGGAGACGGCUUGUACGAUUAAGAAUUCUGUCAUGCUGCAAAAUUUGUAUAUGCUUUUAUUUCUGACAGGGCUAAGUUAGCAGUGAUUUUAUUGUGAAGUUUGAACAAUUCCAAGGUGCUUCUGCUGGUGCUACCAAAGCAAACAGUUCAAAAACAUGGAAUGAAGUCUGUUUCACCUCCCUUGAUGUUGAGGAAAUCUGCUUAGCUCAUAUUUGUGGUCUAAUUCAAUUAGCACUGUUUCUUGUUAACAUUUUUUUUAGUUCUCCCUGCCUCACUCCAAUUUUGGAUAUAAAGAUUUACCACUCAUAUUGCAAUUUCUAUACAUGCAAGUUAAUGAAGUUUGUUAUUGUGAAAGUAGAACAUUGAGUUAUUAGUAAAUGCAACAAGUAGAAGAUAAGUUGUUGAUUAGUUUGUCUUUUUUCUUUCUGUUGAUAAAACUAUUAGUUUGUUAAUUUCUGUGUUGACUACUAAUCACUUUGUAUAUAUAGUUUUUACCUUAAAACAAUUGUAUUAUUA